ACAUCAACAUUAACAUUAACAUCAUGUCAACACAACAAACAAAUCGAACGCAUCCAUUCAAAAUAUACAAGAACUCUUGUUUAGCAUAUUAAACACCAUGGCAGAUCGGGCCUCCAGGAAACACACACUUAUCAUUAUGCGCGAACGGAUGGAAUGGCUGGAUGGACUGUUUCCCUUGCCACCGUUACCACCUGAUCAGUGUCGCGAUGAGUACCUCAGGGAGUUGCUUCAGUCGCGGAAGUCCAUUACAUAUCGAUCGGGCGAAUUUAUGGACACAUCGUCCGAUGGAAGCACAUUGACCCGAAGAAUUCGUUUUGGUACCGAGAUAAAGAACACCGAGGCGAGGAUCGUGGACGAAUUUGUAAGAACUCGCUCCAUCAUAGUCCCAAACAGGCAAACAAUGGUACCCGGGAAAACCAUAAUGCAAGACGACAAAUUCAACCCGUCGGUCCUAAACAAGAUACUCAGGGAUCGUUACGGCAGCAUAGCCAAGGCAAUUGGCUGCGUGGCCGUGCUCUUCCAGAUGACGGAGCUCAAGAAGCAGAUGGCCGUGGUGCGUGAGAUGUGGCGGCAUCACUCGAAUGUCGAAAACUCCCUUAACAUGUUCAGCUGGUCCAUCAAGGACUAUUUCAUGCGCUUGAAUCUGCGCGACACGGUCUACCUGGACACCAUUGAGCUGGAGCUGAAGGGUCAAAUGGACUGUUUCAAGUUUUGCAAGGAUCUCAAGGAAAUCAUACGGCUCGUCGAUGCUGUGUAUGACGACUUUAAGGCCAAGCGGGAUAUGUGCAACAGCUCUAUGUUAUUAAUAAAAGAUGCCCAAGGGGAUAUUAUGGAGCUGUUGUCGAGUUCACAGAGGGAAGCCGACGCGCAGCAUAAUCAGCUGACAAAGGAUAUGCAGCAAACCCCACGUUUAGCCAAUCCGGGCCGACAAGCGAAAAUCUAUUACAUGGAUUUUAUGGUACCAAUUGAGGCACGCUAUAAGACAAACUGGGCGCAAGCGAUAAUGGAGCAGUCCAUCUUGUAUGAUGAUAUUUGCGAAAAGGAACUCUUAGAACAGGUGAAAUAUUUCAAAGCAGACAAUCUCGUGGAGGUUCUCUACCUUUGCAAGAAUAUAAACAUUGCCUAUGUUUUGGAGAACAGCAACUAUAAGCAGCGCAUCACUGAGACCGAGCAGGCAUACGAGGAGAGUAUGGAGCUAGUCGAAAACGAGAUAACUAUAACACGCAACAAUUUGAGUAAAGUUAAAGAUGAUCUAGCUUUCUGCAUGGAGCAAGUGCCCAUGUUUCAUCGAAAAAUUGCAGAGGUAAAGGCGAUUUUAGCUAGCCAAGAAGAAGAGCACAAGAAAAACUUGGAACGAAUAUCGACUCGUGUCUCAAAAAAGAAAUCGAUCGAAAACAAGAAAAAAGUGAAAUAGUUUAGUAAUUCAAAUAUUUCAAAAAAUAAAAUGAGAAAAAA